ACUAUUUUGAAUAUCAGCUUCUGAUAAUAGUAGUAAGUUUAGUUUAUUAUUUGUUUGUUUGUUCCAUCUUUAUUCUACUAUCAUAAAAGGGGUGUGUAUAUGUAUAUAUCUAGGGUUUGUGUUAAAAGAAUAAUAUCUAUUUCAUUUUUGCAAAAAAAGAAGGCGUCAUCCAAUAAUUUCUGAGUGUAAAAUAUCCAGCCCUCUCCCCCCAAAAAAAAAAUUAAUUCUACACGUAAACUUAAAACAUACAUAUACACACACACACAUACACACACAUACACACGCACACACAGAUAAUUUCGUAUUAUUUUUUUAUUUUAUUUCAAAGACAAUCAAAGAUCUUGCAUUUCAACACGACAAAUGGAGGUACAAUUUGAACACAUCUGUAGUCGACUAUUUUAUAGCGGUUUACUAGUCGCUAUGGUGACUGAUCGAGAUGGAGUCAUUAUAUUAAAAUGUGUUUCAGAGAAAGCAAAAGAAAAUAUGACUGGACCUAUUAUUCCUAGUACUUUUGCUAUUGCAAAUAAUCAGGCUUCAAAACUUGGUCUUCAGCAUAAUAAAAGUAUAAUUAGUGUCUUUGAUGAAUACCAAAUUAUUCAAUUAGAUCAAUCCCCUUUUACUAUCACACUUAUUGCUGAAUCAGAUGCGAACACUGGCCUAUUUAUAAAUCUUGGUGAUGAUUUAUUGAAUAUAACAAAACCUUUAGUGGAAGCGAUAAAUAAUGAGUUAUAAAUAUUUAUAUAUUCAUAUAUGUAUACCGAUUAUUUUUCAUGCAAAAGAUAAAAAUAAAUCAAG